CUUUUGUUGGGGUUGUUGGAGGGAGGCCGAUAUCUUGGCCCUGCUGUUGCGGGUUUCCCUAGCUAGGGCGAGCUCUAAAAACCUUACGCGAAGGAGCUCCAAUUGUCUUGGCCGGCCGUUGGCUAGCAGAGUCUCGCUGACCUCCGUGCAUGAUGCUGGCAUCACGUACUGGCACAGCGUCGACUGAGGCUCACUUUCUCAGUCGAUUGCUAAGUGCCUAGUCGUCUCGAUAUGCAUCCCUCGUGCAUAUUGGUUGCUCCAGUGAGCUCCAGCCACAUCCUCUGCCCUCGUUGAUAUGGUUGGACUCACGAUGUCCGUAUCACAUCUUGCCAAUAUUCCCACCCCUCCUUCUUGGUGAUUAUCGUCUCCUCGAAGUAAGAACCAGACUAAUGCACAACCUAUGGUGGGGUUGGGAAGUGAAGCCAGUUGGACGAUCUUGCUGUAAGGUUUGGAAGUUGUCAAGACCAACUUUGCCAACCUCCCUCAUGUGAGGUUACUUAACACCUUCGCUCAACCACCACUAUCGCUUGCUUACAGCUUGCACUCGUUCAAAACACCUUCGUUGAUAUCACGAAACCAAUCUCGCAACUUUCACAAUGAAGUUCGGCGCUGCCCUUUUGGUCUUGGCCACUUCGGCCCUGGCUAGCAACGUCCGACGAGGAGACGAGUAUGAGAACCCCGACUACAGCGGCGGAGAGUACGAGGCUCCCGAGGCUCCUGCGGAUGACUACGGAUAUGGAGACAAGCAUGACAGUGGCUACAAGCACGAGGUGACCCAGGUCGAGGUCACUUACACGACUACAACUGUCUGCCCCGUCACUUAUACCCACCACGAGAAGGGAUACACCUACUACGAGACUAAGCUCACAACCUCUACAGUCACAGUUGUUGAGGCCAAGACUGUCGAUGUCACUGUCAAGGAGCCUGAUGUUUACAAACACUACACCGAUGUUGAAUAUGUCACUCGAACAUCACUGUGCCCCGUGACCGUCACCAAGACUGUUGCCGGAGAGGUCAUCACAGAGGUUUACACGACCACCAGCUACAUCUACGAUGUUGUCAAGACCACCGACUAUGAGCAUGUCAAGCAACCCGAUGUGACAAAGCACGAGACAGACGUCGUCUAUAAGACCCGAACCACUGUCUGCCCUGUUACUGUCACCAAGACUAUUGCCGGCGAGGUUGUCACUGAGACAUACACUACCACCAGCGUGAUUGAGGAGGUUGUCAAGUCCACCGACUACGAGCACGUCAAGCAGCCCGAUGUGACCAAGCACGAGACCGAUGUUGUUUACACCACUCGAACCACUGUCUGCCCUGUCACCCUCACCAAGACUAUUGCCGGCGAGGUUGUCACUGAGACAUACACCACCACCAGCGUGAUUGAGGAGGUCGUCAAGACCACCGACUAUGAGCACGUCAAGCAGCCCGAUGUCACCAAGUACGAGACCGACGUUGUCUACAACACCAAGACUCACGUCUACCCUGUCACUAUCACAAAGACUAUUGCCGGUGAGGUCAUCACUAAUGUCUACACCUCAACCGACUACGAGGUCGUCAAGGUCCACAGCACUGUUUACGACAAGGUUGAGCUUCCCGAUGUGACCAAGCACGAGACAGACAUCGUCUACCACACCAAGACUGAGGUCAGCCCCGUUACCGUCACCAAGACCAUCGAGGGUGAGGUUAUUACCAACGUUUACACCUCCACCUCUCUUGUUGUCGAAGAGGUUGUCACCACUAUCCCUGCCUACAAGACCAUCGUCAAGACCCUGGGCAAGGGCGUUGUUGUCACCCAGUACUCCAAGAUUGUCCAGACCGUCGGCGGCGGCACCGUCUACCAGACCGUCGCUCCUCAGCCCACCACUGUCGAGAUCCCCGAGACUGAGGUCGUCACUCAGCCCGAGGUCACCGUGCCCGUACCCGCCACUCCCACUGCUGAGCCUGAGCCUGUCGUCAACGGCGCUGCUGUCGCCGCCAACAAGGCUCCCGUUUUUGCCUUCAUGGCUGGUAUCCUUGGCGCCGUCGCCCUCCUCUAAACAACACCAGCUGUUUAGACACAACGCCAACAGCACUGCCAGAUGGGCCCUUCUGUUAUUUUUCUUCUUUACAUCCUUCACCUUUGUAAAAAGCAGGACGUGUCCCUGGGCAAAGGACACUUUAUUUAAUUCAUCGCGAGCAUCAGUAUCGCAUUGCACACUCAUUUCAAGCAUGGUAAAAAUAGGAGGAUGGGUCUUAAGGGUUUGCACUUAAUGUCGUGGAUGUGGGUGUUUGUCAUUUUACUUUCUGUUCCUCAUGUAUAUAUUAUUACACAGUUUCGAUUGCAGGAUAUUAUGGAAGUAUUUGGAUAAGGUUAUGAUAGGAUUAGUAGGUAGU